AUGGUUGCUCCCAAGUUCCUGACCAUCCAAGUGUCGCGAAGCGUCCUCAACGAGACUGUCGGCAACCUCAACGCGUACGCGGCGCCGCGGCUGGCCUCGCCCUCCGAGCUGCUGCUGACGGUGGACGAGAUAAUGGGCAUCAUAGACCAGGGAGAGCUGUCACGAACGCUGCUGCUCUCCGCGGCGCACCUGAAGCGGAUCGAGAUGAAGGGCCCGCGGAUGUACCGCAUUCGUACCUGAUGGGCCGAGAAGGGAACCGUGGUACUUCAGGGGAUAUCUGUUCCAGGCACCACAACUCAUCACCGAUCGUGUACAAUACUGCUGCACUGCAUAAAUUUUAUUUUCAACGUGAAGUCCGAUGGUAUGUACGGCGUUUUUUUCUGCUUCUUGUUUUUGGUCGUGCGAGUGUGCCCUGCUCGCAAGUGCCGCGGGUACGCCGGGAAGGUACACACGGGUUCCCUGAUUUUUUGCCGGUGAGGUCUCCUGGCAGAGACAGGCAGCGUACCACCUUUUACCCUCCAAGUACUGGAAGCCUUU